UCCUGACAUUGUACAGUGUGUCAUAUAUAUUUUGGCUACAGUACAUUCAUACAUACGCCCACAUACAUUGUACAUACGCUACAUAACAAACGUACAUAAUGUUAUCGGCGCUGGGACCAACCAUCUCCAUUGAAUAAAGAACAUAGCAUAACGACCCUGUUUUUUGCCUUCCUGGUUUCCACAGCAUCCGGCAAAUCGGUACACGUCAAAGCCACGCUAUCCAGGGAUCAUAUACGAACUUGUGUACUUGAGAUAGGCUACUUGCUUUUGGUCUUUACAUAGUACAUAGGUUUUGGGUCUUCACCUCUCUCGCUCGGAAUUAUCGUUGACCCCCCCUUUCUUCUGCCGGCUUUGCUUCUUUUUUGUGCAACUCUAGAACCCCGUGGAGCUGCGUACCGAGUACCGUAUUUUUUUUUUUUGCAGUAGUCGUCGCCCCCGAAAUCUUGCCGCCCACUGCCCAAGCGUCUUUCUGCAAUAGUCUGCAUUAGCUCUCUCGCUUCUCGGAAACUGAUCCAGUCGGGCUUACCAUAAAAACGGUCGUACCAAUCAACAACAUUGUUUCUUUUUCCAAUAUGACUUCUCUCUCCGAAAAGGGUCUUCUAGGUGAACAGCAGGCAGUUUAUACACCAACUCAACCUAAACGCUGCAUUCGACAUCGUGUAGUGGAAAAGAUGCCUUCGCCCCGCCACUUCUUUCUCACUCUGUUCCUAGGCCUGCUUGUCACGGCCGGCUUGGCCAGUGCCGUCUUGCACCAAAAGCCUUCCGGUGAGGAUAAGGUCGAAAGCGAGACUGAGCAUGUUGUUCUCCGUGACGAUUCGACUUUCUCACGGUUGUUGAGCUCGGCUUCUCCCCGUGCUAUCCACGAGUUUCUCCAUGCUUAUUUCCCUGGCACUUAUAAGCAUGGCGUCUAUGACUCUGACCACUCGGCCAUGGAGGCAAUCCACGCGAGUGACCCGGAAUUAGCGACAUCUAUCGUCCAGCUCGCGAAGAGGCAAUCUGGAAACGAGACCAGCACCACGACUGCUACGUCCGCGGAGUCUACCUCCGCAGUCCCUACGAGUGAAAGUGAAAGUGAAAGCACCACAGCGGAAGAACCAACCUCCACUUCCACCCCUGUAGAUACGCCUACGACGACGACGACGGCGACUUCGGAUUCAACUACGGAGUCGACCUCGGAUGUGCCAACGACUACUGCGUCUGACGUGCCCACCACGACAACGACAUCAACCACCGACGAUCCGACAACGGCAUCAUCAGCCACCCCGGAGUCUUCUGCUGAGACGACGAGCACUCCUGAAACGACACUGACAACAGCAACGAGCGCAUCUACUCCCAGCACUACAAGGCCAGCUAGAACAUCUACGUUCACAUCGACGCUUCCUGGAGGCGCUAAGACAACAAUCACAUCCGUUGAGGUGGUCACUCCAGGCGCACCCGAAGAAGCAAGCCAGACCUCAGAAGCCGAGGGAAGCUUGCAAUCCGGCCCUGCCAUGCUGCCUGCGAGGCGGCCGGUGGUAGAAGUCAUCAUCGGCGCCGUUGUCGGCGGAGCACUCCUCGCAUAAGCUCCAUCGUAAUUCGAACGAUCACAUUCCUUCCUUUGAUCUUAUCUUGAAAUUUGGCGUUAGCAACAGCAUCAUUAUCAUUAUCAUCAUCAUCUGAGCGAAGCAUAUUUAGUACUGGCGCCGGCAUCUACAUAUACAGAAACUUGACGGCAUCUACAUUCAUUUAGAACUAGGUGACAAUGGGAAAAAAGAGAGAAACAUUUGGCAUAGAAAAAGGGUGGAAAAGGGUCGGCUCAGAGCUCGCAAAGUCUGGCAGCUUGUUGACGAAUAUCACGAGAUUGUCUGCAGAUUAAUUCAUUAAUGUUGGGAUCUUUCAAUCAUCAUCUGGGAUACGCAAAUAUGUAUGUAUGUAUGUAUGUAUGUAUGUAUGUA